AUGCCAUCUACGUGUCAGACAGUGGAAGGAAAUAGCGUCCAAAGGAGCGCUAGGCACCGCCAAACGUUGGACGAGAAUUACUUCUCCAAUCCAGCACCCACUGUUGUUGUCUCUUCCCCUCUCUCUCAUCCUCGGAAUCACCGCAAAAAUCAUCCAACACGAUCAUCUAACAUUCAAAUGUCUUCUCUGCAACCGCGACGCAAACACAAAGUCAAAUUUUCCAACAGCAUACACCACGGAGACUUUGAUAAACACCAUGCUUUGUGCGAUCGUCACCCGCUUCCAGAGCGAUAUCUGAAGGUGCGCGAAGUCGAGGUGGACGAUGAGGAAGUGAAAACCUCAGUGGACGGAGACCUGACCUCAGAGAUAGAUGCCUAUAGUCGAUUUUUGUUCCCUUGUUUUUUCAUACUCUACAAUUGUGGAUACUGGGGGGUUUACCUGAUCAUUUCAGACCCUGGUAUUAUGUCUUAA